AUGUACAGCCCUAAGCCACAAAAAUGCCAAGGUGGCAACUGGCAAAGUCGUGUGCAAAUAAAACAAGGAUUAUUCACCACGAGUCCUGUCUUCGGGACUUAUUGUAACUUGACGGCGAGGCGCAUACC